AUCAGUACUACCCACAAGAUCAGGACCUACCAUGGCCUCUGGAGUCCAUGCAGUUUGAUACACAGCUGCAGCAGCAGCAGCAGCAGCAGCAGCAACAACAACAGCAACAACCUGAUGCUUCCUCUUCACCGUUCAUACAGCCCAUUCCCUUCAUGUCACACCAACAACAACAACCUUAUUCUGGUGCUAUACCACCCAACAUGAACGCUCCCAACAUUAUACAACUGGGCAUGCUGGCUCACAAUGCACACCAUUCGACUCUAACCCCCGAGCAACAGCAGCAGUUCCUUCAACAACAACAACAACAACACCCGCAGCAACAACAACAGUUUUCUCACACACCACAAUUGGACGCCAAUGGCCAGCCCAUCAAGAUUAGGAAAAAACCCGGACGAAAACCUAACCCGGCGUCGCCUGCUUUACGUAAAGCACAAAACCGAGCAGCACAACGAGCAUUUCGGGAACGAAAAGAACGACACCUUCGGGAUUUAGAGAUCACCAUCAGAACCCUCCGCGAGCAGCGAAACAGUGCCGUCAAGGAGCUGGCCACAGCAAAGUCCAAGCUGGACGGUUGCAAGGCAGAAAACUGGUAUCUCAAGGGCGUUGUGCUUACGCUGCAGUUUGUAUGUCUUCACCACCAUAUACAUAUUCCUACGCAUUCGCCCUACUUGACAGAGGAAGCGCUUGCAGAUAUCGCACAUACCUCUCCGCACGCGAUUGAAGCUUAUGUAAACGCAUACACACGCAACAAUGUCGAUCUGAAGCCGACCAUGGCAACUCAAUUUGUAAACCUCUCACAAAGAGAUGGAAACAACAAGGAAGACGACGACGACGACGACAAGAGCUACCAUCAUGAUGACACUAGCAGCCAACACCAGGAACAGCAGCAGUUACAGGAUACGGAUGACGAAAUGAUGAGUGAAGUGAAGCAAGAGCUUGGUAUGCCUGACCUUAUAUCAAUGCCACAGCAUUCUUGCGAGAAGCACUCAACAGCAGCAGCAACCACAAUUGAUCCAUCAGCACUUCAUCACAUGUCAUCCUUAUCACCAGCACCUACAGAAGCAGACGACACAAUGUCGUCCAAGGCAACCGACAAUGAUCCAUGUUCAAUCCGACGUGAUGACCCAAAUGAUGUCAACAGCACCCUAAGCAGUAGUGCAAACGGUCAACAACAACAACAACAACAACAACAACCCUUGGAAUCGAGCUUGGGUGCUAUCCAACGGAUACGUAUGCAGCUUCGCGUUCAGAGUGCGCUUUCCAACAUUGGACAAUCCAGUACGCGGUUGCAACCCACACUGUUGCAAUUGGCCAUCUCCCACGACCCUCGUAUUGAUCUUAUUCCCACACCCCACAUGCGUGACAGAAUGAUUAUUUUCCGCGACUUGAUGGACUAUGAUCGUUGCUUUGCUUUACUGCUGAACGGUGCAGUGUACCAUGGAGGGGAUCCUACCAUGAGCGACAGUUGGGAAUUACCGGCCGAGUUUUUCAGUGAAUUCUGGUAUUUGGCAAUCAAUUACGACUUGUCAAAGACAAACAAGUGGAGACUGAUGAAAGGAUUGCCCGAGUUGGAGAUGGGACCUACGGAAGGACAGCAGCAAGAAGAAGAAGAAGAAGACGAUUUGGAUGGGACGAUUUGGGGCGACGAAUUGCUUGAUCAAUUUACUGAACCCAUGCCGACGUUACAGCCGUAUUCGGCUUCCAGGCCCCCAAAAUCGCCAAAAUCACCUUCUAGUCAAAACAGUAGUAGUAGUAGUAAUAAUAAGCGAAGCACAUCGAUGUCACCAUCGCACCCAAUGUAUGCAAACUUGCGAUCACCGCCUGAGCUGCGGAACCCUGUGAACGCUCCAAGUCUCGGUAUGUGACAGGAUUACAAUCAAACCCAAUUCCCGUGUGUAUGUGUUGGAAAUUUUUUUACUUAUUGUUUCUAUUAUAGAUACCAUGAUGAAUUUGAUGAACAAUCUGCCUACUAACUCAUAACGAUCAACCUUUUCUAAAUCUUUUCUCGAUACUCCACGUGCACACCCACUCACUCACUCCCUUACUCACUCGCGCCUCGCAAAUUUCACCCUUUUUUGUAAAUACAUUGCUCAAUUAAUCUUUCUUUUGGCGUUA